GUUAUAAAUGAAUAGUCCUUAUGCCCAACAUGAGCUGGAGUUUUUUAACCCGUCUUCUAGAAGAAAUUCACAAUCACUCCACCUUUGUGGGGAAGGUCUGGCUCACGGUCCUAAUCAUCUUCCGAAUAGUCCUAACCGCAGUUGGCGGGGAGUCGAUCUACUCCGAUGAACAGAGUAAAUUCAUGUGCAACACGAAGCAGCCGGGCUGCGAUAACGUCUGCUAUGACGCCUUUGCCCCUCUGUCACACGUGCGGUUCUGGGUCUUCCAGAUCAUCAUGAUAUCGGCUCCGUCGGUCAUGUACCUCGGCUACGCCAUCCACAGGAUUGCUCGGGCCGCCGAGGACGACAGGCGGAACCAUAUGCGAAAGAAGAAGAAAAAGGCUUUUUCGAGAUGGCGGACGGGUGAAAACGUUGAAGACCCGGAGGACGAGGAGGAGGAGCCCAUGAUCUACGAGACUCCAACAGAACCAGAGAAAACAGAAAGCAAAGGCAAGGAAAACAAAAAACACGACGGCCGGAGACGGAUCAAAGAAGAGGGACUGAUGAAAAUUUAUGUCUUUCAGCUUUUGUCGAGGGCUGUUUUUGAAGUUGGCUUUUUGAUAGGUCAAUAUUUCUUGUACGGCUUCGAAGUCUUGCCUUCCUUCCAGUGCAACACACAGCCGUGCCCACACACGGUAGACUGUUUUGUGUCUAGGCCGACAGAGAAGACGGUAUUUUUGCUGAUCAUGUACGUGGUGAGCUGCCUGUGCUUGUUGCUGAACAUCUGCGAGAUGUUCCACCUCGGAGUUGGGACCCUAAGGGACGUGAUUCGCAGCCGGAGGACUAAUGCCGCCAGGCAGCCCCCUUACAAUUACUCCUACCCAAAGAACACCGCUUGCCCCCCGGAAUACAAUAUGGUGGUGAAGUCAGACAAGUCCUCCAAAGUCCCCAACAGCGGCAUGGCCCACGAACAAAACUUGGCCAACGUCGCUCAAGAACAGAACUGCACGAGCCCCGACGACAACGUUCCGUCAGACCUCACCUCUUUACAUAAACAUUUGAGGGUUGCCCAGGAACAGUUGGACAUUGCAUUCCAGACCUAUAACUCUCAGGUCAACGCCCAGGCAUCGAGGACCAGUAGUCCUGCUUCUGGGGGGACGGUGGUGGAGCAGAAUCGGGUAAACACUGCACACGAAAAGCAAGGAGCAAAGCCUAAGGCUGGCUCGGACAAAGGCAGUACCAGCAGCAAGGAUGGGAAAACUUCCGUAUGGAUUUAACGUGCUAUUUAACAAG